ACGCCCUUAUGGUUUUUGUAGUAGAUGUUUUUUUGGUGCACGUGGAGGUUUCAACGUUGUGGUUAUGCAGAGAUUUGACUGAAUGUGAAAUAUGUGUUAGCAACUCUCGCUUUUAAGGAUUUUUCAUUUACAUUUCAAUUCAUUUAAUUAGCAGUUAUUAUAUAUUUUAAAGCGUAUCAGUCAGCCACUUUGCAUUGGUUUCUAAGACAACACAAUUGGGGAAGCAUGUCACAAGGCAAUCAAACCACCAGUCGGGCGAUCCCGACCACCCGAAAAAUCAUAAUCAACGAUGCGGCACACAUGCCUCAAGAUUACUCUACAACUCCUGGAGGCACAAUAUUCAGCACCACUCCAGGAGGCACUCGAAUAAUCUAUGACAGGAAGUUCCUCCUGCAGUGUCGAACGUCUCCUCUGGCCCGUACCCCCCCUACCAGCCUGCCUGAUAUCCCAGGGGUGACCAGCCCCGUCUUGGCCCACCCCAAACAGACCUCAAACACAACCAACCACAGCCCCCAAGCUCAAGGAACUGCGGAGGAGGAUGCCCAGUUUGAAAUAGACAUUUAGUCAUCAGAAAUGGCCGCCAUGAAGAUGCCACGGCAACAACAGGAAGAAGACGUAAUUAUAUAAUAGCGUGAAAAUGAAGUUAAUUAUGAAGUAUUCCCUCACAUCUGUCCUCACGGGCAAAGACAUUACUUAUGUAACACAUUAAGCUGCAUACAUAGAUGUACAUGGUCUCUUUAUUUUUAAGCAUAAUCCAGACCACUGAUUUUGUGGUACAGAGGAACUUUUCCAGAUAAUUGUUUUAUUUAGUAAUAAUGUAUGUUAUUUGCCGGUAUAGGCUUCACAUGGCAUGUUAUUACUCUUUAGGAACUGGAGCAGAAAAUUAAAAGUAAAUGUUAUGUUA